AAAGUUUUGAUUUUUUUUCCCCAAAACAUGAUCAUCUACAUCAAAUUAUCUGCAAAGUUUCCCCUCUGAAAUAAAGGAACGCGCAGAGUACGUGACUGGCUCAUACUACUAGAAAUUUAGACAGAUCUCUGCGUUUGCAAAAUGGCUGCGAGUGCGCACUGUGCUACUCCUUACUCCAACGCUCCCUUUUCUCUCUCACGUCCCUCAUCUCUCAAAUAUCACCAGCUCUGUAACUUGCCGUACAAGCAUAAACAGCACCACAAUGUUCAAUUCGGUUUCUCAUUUGAGCACAAGAAGGGCUUCGGAAUCUGGAAAUCCUCUUCCCCGUCUCCUCUACGCGUCUCCUGUCUCCGCACCAAAGCUGAAGUUGUCACUGCUGAGUCAUGGGAGAAAUUGAUUCUGAGCAGUGAUAUUCCUGUUCUUGUUGAAUUUCAUGCCACUUGGUGUGGCCCCUGCCAGAUGGUUCACCGAGUAAUUGAUGAGAUUGCAGCUGAGUAUUCAGGGAGAUUAAAAUGCUACGUACUCGAUGCAGAUAGUGAACCGCAAAUUGCUGAGGACUAUGAUAUCAAGGCUGUUCCUGUGGUCUUACUGUUCAAGAAUGGGGAGAAAUGCGACUCUGUCAUCGGAACAAUGCCCAAGGAGUUCUAUGUGGCUUCGAUUGAAAGACUUUUAGAUUCUUAGAUGUAAUUCCCUCCACUAAAAAGACCGUCAUAAUAGCAUGGCAAGUUCAACACACAAACUUAAUAACUCUCUUUUGAAUUCUCUUCCCCUCUAAUGUCUUGUAAUAUUCUAUGCAUUUGCUUUUUGAAUUGUUAUUUCUCUGUGAAUUGCGGGCUCUUUUUUCCUUUUCCAUAUUAAGAAGAAUCAUUGGCUCUGCAUGAAAUCA